AUGCCAAUAUGGCUAUUAAGCUAUGUGUACUACCAAAUAUGGUUUGAUUGUAUUUCACAGAAAAAAAGUGGAUUUUUUAUAUAUUUACUAGUUUCAUUAAUUUUACUUAAAAAGAUUUUUCUUUUGCCUUUCGAAGGAAAAGAAGUCACACUUAAGGAAACUUUAGUCUUCUCGAGACUACUUAUUUUCGACUUAGGAGCUGCUGCUGACAAUCAAAAUGUCAAAUGUAUUUAUGUCCUUCUUCAAUGCGUUCCUUCGAGCUAUCACUGGACAAAUUGUAGUUACCAUGAUCUAAAAAUAUUUGUGUAG